AUUUUUGCAUGCAUUUCUCUUUUCUUCAGCCAUCAUCGAUUUCAAUUCUACUGCAGGUUGAAGAAGUCAGUGCAAAAUUUUAAUUGUACAUUUCUCUUGAUUUCAUUAUUGCAAGUUUAGUCGUUAUCAUAUCAAGUUCAAGCAAAUAAAACUUUAGCAGGCUCAUUCAUCAUAUACUAAAUUGUAGAAAAUGCCAACCAUCAAACUGCAAAGCUCUGAUGGAGAAAUUUUUGAGGUUGAUGUGGAAAUAGCAAAAGCAUCCGUCACAAUCAAAACCAUGCUGGAGGACCUUGGAAUGGACGAUGAUGAGCAAGAAGUUGUGCCUCUGCCUAAUGUAAAUUCUGCCAUCUUGAAAAAAGUCAUCCAGUGGGCAACCUAUCACCGAGAUGACCCCCCGCCCCCAGAGGACGACGAGAACAAGGAGAAACGUACUGAUGAUAUUAGCUCAUGGGAUGCAGACUUCCUUAAGGUGGACCAAGGGACGUUAUUUGAACUCAUUCUGGCGGCAAAUUACUUGGAUAUCAAAGGGCUUUUAGACGUGACUUGCAAAACAGUAGCUAACAUGAUCAAAGGGAAGACACCAGAAGAGAUUCGCAAAACAUUCAACAUUAAGAAUGACUUCACUCCUUCGGAAGAAGAGCAAGUACGCAAGGAGAAUGAAUGGUGUGAAGAAAAGUAAAAACUAUGCUUGCAAAUAUGUACAGACACUCUUACUCGAUCUUAACAAAAGUUUCAUCAGCAUUUUGGCUGGAAAAUAUUCUUGCCGUGUGCUAGAUCCUGUGUUGUGGUUCAUCUUUUUUUUAAUUCAUUAUCUAUGGAGUUUUGCUGUAGUAACCCUGUAUAAAUUGGAAAACUCCAAUUAUUUGAACUGGAUCCUGUGUGAUAUUGUAAUUUGGAAUUCUCUGCUUUUGUCUUAAGUUGCUGAAAAUGGCCGCCAAGUCAGAAACUUUAGACAAUUAAUCUAUUUAAAAUUAUUUUGUUGUUGAAAAAAAAAAACUGUUUAAUAAAUGGUGGAAGUAAUUGCUAACAGCCUGUAUCUUUUUUUUUUCUCAAUUUAUAUUCAGUUUUCACUUCUCUGUAGAAGUCUAAAUGAAAUGAAAUCUUUCAUUAAACUGGUGACUGUUUGAGCGGUGAAAACAAUUCCAGAAUUUUUCAAAUCUUUGGCUGCUUUAAGUUUAAACUUGAGAUAUUUUAACUAGGGAAGUUUUUUUUAUAAUUAUUUACUAAAUAGUUUUUAGAAAAUGUUUGACCAAAAUACAUUCUGAGCAUUCUUGUUAAAUAUUCGAUUGCACUGAAUAUUUAUGUAUUUCAUUUAAAACUAAAAUUGUAAUCAUUUUGAUUUUUAUUUCCCUUUGUUCUUGAAAGUUUGUUGAGGGCAUAUUGAACUUCCUAGUGAUGUUAAUGAUGUCUCUUAAAUAAAAUAUUUUCCUCCA